CCUUUAAUGCAAACACAAGUAUAUGAGGGAUUGUGUGAAAAUUAUUUUGCUGAACUCAAAUUGCUUCUUUGGGACACACGGGCUUUUCUUUCUUAUGGAUAUUAUGGCUAAUAACACAACUUCAGAGAUUUUGUGGCCAGAGAACUUUUGGGGACUGUCAAGGAGAGAAGAGUGGAUGGAGUCCAGAGAUCCAGAGGAAGAGCAGAGGAAAUGAGCUUUGAAGGGAAAGGAAGUCUCUCAAAUAACCUCAUAACUGCCUUCACGGUCUCCAUGGCCAUCGGGCUGGUCCUGGGCGGGCUCCUCUGGGCGCUGCUGGUGUGCCUGUCUCGCAGGAGAGCCAGCGCGCCCAUCUCGCAGUGGAGCUCGGGCCGCCGCUCGCGGGCUGCCCACAGCCACGGGCUCCGGACUGGAUUCUACCGCCACAGCGGCUGCGAGCGGCGCAGCAACCUCAGCCUGGCCAGCCUCACCUUCCAGCGCCAAGCUUCCAUGGAGUUAGCCAACUCCUUCCCGAGGAAGUCAAGCUUCAGGGGCUCCACUUUCCACCCGUUUCUGCAGUGUCCGCCGCUCCACGUGGAAACGGACAGUCAGCUGAUGACCCUGCCUGCACCCAGCUCCUCCGCGCCCGUGGGCACCGCGCGCAGCUCGGGGCGGCCGGAUUUCCACUGGAGCAGCCUCGCCCCGCCGCCCCCGCCGGCCUACGAGUCCAUCAUCAAGGCCUUUCCAGACUCCUGAGCAGGCUGUGUUGGUGUUUUCUCAUCUAGCCUUUCCAUGAAAGGAAAUCACGAAUAGGCCAAGCAGCAUUUGGGGGACCAAAUGACUAAUAAUUUACAAGUUUAUAAGUAAACACGCGCAUACACUGAGCAUAUAUAUAGAUGCAUUUUUAAAACACAUUUUUUCUCCAUAUGCCUCACAAAAGUGGUAUUUUCCAACAUUGUUACGCAUUUAUACCUUUUGUGUUCCAGGUGAGGCUUAUUAAAGAUAGGGAUUCUAAUCUAGGAAUCAGCCAUUAAAUGAAAAAAUGAGUUUCUAAAAUUCCUUGAUUCCACUAAUCGAUGGGAAGCUGAAUCAAGGAAGCUGAACUCUGAUAAUGUGGUCGGAUGCUGCAACAGUUUUGUUUUUGUUUUUUCGGAGAUACUCCUUGUGGCUUUUCCCCCAAAAUUAGUAUCGACAUCAUUGAAGUAAACUUGGGUUUUCACAUGAAGAUUUAACUUUUCCUGACUAUUGUACUGAUGUCAUUACAAAAGCAACAAUAUCACAUCCACCUCAUUUGACCUGAAAACAAAAUUUGUUUUAACAAGAGCCAGUUUUCUUAAGAGGCCGAUUUGCUUUCUUAGCCUUGGAUAAAGCAACAGGGAAAGUACUUUACCUGGGGGUCUUUUAUGUAACUCUACAAACAAAUACACUAGGAAGUGUCACUAGGAAGACAGCCUAUCCUGUACACCCAUGUUAAAGGGUGAGUUGGCUUAGCACCACCCCUGCUUGCUCUCUAUGAAUUUCAGCCUCAUCUUUUGUGUAGUUCAGUGAUUAAUCAUUCAUGCUUUGUGGUCAUUGUGCCGAUAGUUAUUUAAGGAGUUCAGGGGCUCAGUGGCUGUCCUUUGUAUGUAAGGACAAGAGUUCCCUGGAGUAUUAUUCAAAACUCCUAUAGUUCACUUUUUGAUAUACCAAAUAAUUAGUUUAUGUCUGUUGUAUACUUCUCAGAAUGUUGGGAUUUCCAAUGAAGAAAGCAUACUCAUUUUUAGGUUUUGUGAUUCAAUGAUCCCAGCUAAUAGUGUCUGAACAGUGCGCCAGAAUAUAAAACUUUUUAUCAUGAUGCAACAUGUCCAUGUACUAUUCCCUAUGAUGAAUGUAUUUAUUGUGUAUUGCAAAUGUAUACUAAUAAAAUAUAAUUUUUACAUAAAAGAUUCUAUAUAGUAUUUUCAUUAUUAAUGUCAUGUAUCUUAUACUAUGCAUCGUUCCUCAAGAGAAAGUUUUCUUCAAAAUUUCUAAAAAAAGCUCUCUAUGUGAGAAAGGAAGGAAAGAAAGAUGGAAGGAGAAAAGAAAAAAAGAAGAAAAGCUAACAAGACAAUUGAUUUAAUGUAGGUUGGUUUUUAAAUAAAUUUGGAAAUUGUAAUAUAGCCAAACAAGAUUUCAGGAGAGCUUUAACUUAAUAACAAGGCUAUUUUUAACUUUUAUGUCAUUCUUAGUGUUUAACAAAAAAUAUGCAAAUUAUAUUUAUUUUCUAGAAUUUGUAUGACAGUAAAAAUUGUUUUGUGUCUUCAAAAUGAGGGAAAUGAGACCAGAAAUUCUCUGGUGUGUUUAACUGUCUGACAGAAUUAUUGUCUGCUGCCUAGCACCAUUGUAAAACAAUCUGAGUAUAAAAUAAACAUUGUGUAGUUUAUGACACAUGAAAUUACAGCCAAAACUUUGCUUCAUUUGUAGUUGUUUUAGUUGUAUUUGUUUUAUUUGAGAUGAUUUAGUAUAAAAUUAAAUUAAUGUCAAUUUUAAUUCCAUAUGACACUUCUAAAAAGCAAAGAGAAAACUGUAAAACUAAUACAUGAGUAAGGAAAACAAUUCAGAUGAAGAAACACUGUACUAUGCAGUUUUGAAAUUAUUAAAAUUCAUUGAAAAUAAAA